AUGGUAAAAAUACCAAUUGACUCUACUCUUCUUUCCAACAAGUUUGAAAUUCUUGAAAUCAAUGACAAAUCAACAAAUAAUACCGACACUUCUAAUGGUAUUGGUGAAAAGAAUCUGAAUGGGGGUACAAACGACAGCACAUUCAGUGAUCCCUAUGGUCUUGAUUCAACUAUUCCUCAUGAAAGAGAAGUUUGCGACCAAGUUAUUGAAAUUUGGAAGAAAAACCCCGAAAAUGAGUCUUUAUCAAUUUCAAAGUUAAGGACUAUUGUCAAAUAUAAUAAUCCAAAUUGGGAAUUGUCUGAAAAAAGACUCAAAUCAAUUCUUAAAUCCUUUAAUUUGUUGCCGUCAAACAUUAUCAAUAACACAUUUGUCUCCAAGAUCACUUCUUAUGAAACCCCAGGUUUAGAUAUUAAUCAUUAUACUCCAGCUAAUUCACCUAAUUCAAUUAAAAUUCAAUCAUCCCUGAAAAAGGGUAAGGGUAUUUUUGCUUUAAAAAAAAUUCUAAAAGAUACUUUAUUAUGGCAAGAAACUCCAUUCCUUCUUCAUCCUCCUUUGGAUCAUCUAAAUUUAAUCAAAAAUAGCUAUGCUUGCACAUAUUGUGGCAAAUUAUUAGUUAAUAGAAAAAAUAAAAGUUCGUUCUUAAAUGGCCUUGAUUGUAAAUACUGCAAUGAAUCAUGGUGUUCAAAAAACUGCAAGAAGUUGGAUACAUUGCAUGUUUUCUUAAACCAUAAUAAUCAUUCAAAUCAAAAAGUUAAAUUGAAUUCAAAAAAUUGGUUAAUUUUCAAAAACCAUUGUGCAGAGACUAAUUGGAAUGGCUUAUUUGCUGUUGGAUAUAUCUAUGCAAAAUCCUUAUUAGAUAAAGUUGGUGAGGAAUUUUUAAGUAAAUUUAAAAGUUUCGCUACUAUCCCCUUAAAUGAAAAAUUCUUAGCUUUAAAUCCUAAUUCAAAAAACUCGUUUGUUUAUGAACAAUCAGAUCAAUUAUGGCAGACUGGAUUUCAAAAGUUAAACGAUUGUUUCCCGGAUAAUCCACUAUCUUUUGAAAAUUAUAUGCUAUACAUUGGUGGUUAUAACUUGAAUAACAUCUCAGAUGCCUUAUUUUUGGUUCAAAGCCAUUUGAAUCAUAAUUGUGAUUAUAAUGUCGACGUAAAGUUCGAUGAUUUAAGUCCUGCAAACGGUAUUAAGGUUUAUGCUAAAAGAGAUAUUAAUCCACAUGAGGAAUUAUUCACUUCUUACGUUUCUCCAACUUUCCAUGUUAAUCAAAGAAGAAAAGAACUAAGAGAAAAUUGGGGUUUCCUUUGCAGUUGUAAAAGGUGUAAAAAUGAAUUGAAAUUGGAACAGAAAAGAAAAUCAUCCUUUGGUUCCAUCGCUCAAAAUAACCCUCAAACUCAAACUCAAAAGCAGAAUCAAAAGAAAAAUCAAAAAAAAUCGAAUUCUGAUUCCAAUUCAAACCCAAGUCCGAACUCAAAACCCAAUUCCAAUUCCAAUUCAAAUGCAAAUUCUCGUUCAUCUUCGAUUUCUAUCUUGCGUUCUCAUUCUCUGUCUCAGUCUGAUCGCAAAAAAAUUAGAGAUAUGUUAAAAAAUGUGGGUAAAGUUGGUGAUUUUGAUUUAGAUUUGCCGGGUUGUAAAGAUAAUGGCGAUCUAUAUGGAACACAGAGGAGAAAGUCUGUUAGAUUUGAUGAGAAAGUUGUUGCUGUUAAGAGUGAUGUCUAA